AUGACGUGCUCGACAGUCAGCAGCGUCAAGGCCGCGCUCCACGAGCCGCGCGCGGACUCGCCCCGCGCGUGCUGCCAGUCGCCAUCGUCGAUUUCCGACGUGGACUUUAGCCACCGAGCGGUGAACAAGUCCCCCGCAACAAGCGACAAGAAGUGUGUCGGCCGAGACGCGGAAUCAGGUGAUGAGCUUGAUCAGGCUGAGGCCGCCAACGGGGACCGGGCCCUGGCUUCGGGUGCCGCUGAUAUUAACGAGGUUCUUGCCCAUCGUGUGAGCAGCUCGUCGUCGCUCAAGCGCCAAGCAGCUGUCAAUGAAGAUGACGAUGAAGCAGCGAGUGGGGUGCACUUGUUACGGAAAAGAGCCAAGACGGACGAGCCGUUGACGGCGCGUGAAGCUGCAGAGAGUGACUGUUUGCCCAGUGACUACGAAGAAGGAGAAGAGGACGACUCGUUUGAGUCCUCGGUAUCUCGUGGCUGUGACUGUCGUGCUGCUGAUAGCUGUGAACGUGUUGAGUUGGAUGUCACUGCUGAUGUUGCAUGUAGCAGCGAGUCGUUCCUGCGUCGCCGCAGCCGUCGCACGCUCUACGUCGAGUACUGGAGCCGGACUGACGAGUGCAAGGAGCGCAAGUGGGACCAUCUCGAUGAGAUUGCAGACAAGUAUGGGUCUGCUGAGGAACAUAUCUUUGCUACGACUCUGAAGGGUAGGACUGCGUGCCUCGAACCCAAUAUGUUUCCGUAUGACACCCCUGCAGGCAUUGAGCACUGGACGCUGUGGCACGUCAAGGACUUGAGUCAUGAACAGGUGAAGCAGUAUGUGGAGAACUGGAUCGACGCGAAUGCGCCGCAUGUGAAGCGGUGGAACUACGAUGACAACCCCGAGCGCUCAAUCGAUAUUUAUCACGUGCACGUCUACUUCCAGGUGGUUGAGGGCUGCACGGUGCUGCAAGAGCGUAAGGUGGAUGAUUUGGUACAUGAGCUCGAUUGA